UCAAGAUCUGCCUUCAAACGCGAAACUCUCCUCCUCAUCGAUGGUCCUCACGAUCCGCAAGCCCGCCCCGGAGUUCACGGCCGACGCUGUGGUUAACGGCGAAUUCAAGAAGAUCUCGCUGUCGGACUACAAGGGCCAGUACGUUGUGCUCUUCUUCUACCCCAUGGACUUCACGUUCGUGUGCCCCACGGAGAUCUGCGCCUUUAGCGACCGCGCCGACGAGUUCAAGAAGCUCAACACGCAGGUGAUCGGCUGCUCCAUCGACUCCAAAUUCACGCACCUGGCGUGGAUCAACACGCCACGCAAGAAGGGUGGCCUGGGUGACAUGAACAUCCCGCUUAUUGCUGACGUCAAAAAGGACUUGUGCUCCAAGUACGAGGUGCUCGUGUCGGAAGGUGACGACGAGGGCGUGGCUUUCCGCGGUCUUUUCAUCAUCGACAAGGAGGGUGUGCUGCGCCAGAUCACCAUCAACGACCUGCCCAUCGGCCGUAACGUGGACGAGGUGCUGCGUUUGAUUGAGGCCUUCCAGUUCCACGAGGAACACGGCGACGUGUGCCCCGCCAACUGGAAGAAGGGCGCCAAGGGCAUGACUGCCAACCCAAAGGACUCGCUCAAGUACUUCGAGACCGUGGAGGAGCCCUCCAAGAAGCGCAAGCUGACCAAGUAAGUCGUCAGUGAUCUCGUUUUCGGAUCUCUGGCCAGAGCUCUUCUUUUGAUUUGACCUCCGUAGCUGCUAAUAGCCGUAGGAUGAAAAGUAAUAUAAACCGCUAACAUUCUCCCAAAGUGGAUUCAUUCAAUUCCUAAAAAAAAAGCGCGCGAAAUCUUCCUCCCGAAUAACAAUUGCAACACCUCCAUUAAGAAAUGACCCACA